AUGCCGGAGGAGAAAGGACGGGAGAAAUUAGCUCAAGUUAUCAGACAAUGGAAUAACAACAGGCUGGACCUUUUUGAAAUAAGCCAACCAGAUGAGGACUUGGGGUUUCAUGGUGUGAUGCGCUUCUACUUUGAGGAUCAUGUUGGAGGAAAUGUGGCCACAAAGUGUCUGCGUGUGUCCAGCUGCUCUUCAACUCAAGAGGUCAUUGGAAUUCUUUCAGAGAAAUUCAGGCCUGAUAUGAAAAUGCUGACGACAAGUUAUUCCUUGUUUGAGAUCCACGCCAGUAAAGAACGUAAACUGGAUCUGGAUGAGAGGCCUUUGGUUGUACAGCUACACUGGACCACAGACAACAGAGAAGGACGUUUUGUGCUCAAGAGAGACAAACAGAGUUCUGAGGAAAACUGUCAAGAGAAGGAAAAGGGAGGCGUGAUCCAAAACUUCAAGAGGACACUGUCAAGAAAAGACAAGAAGAAAGAGAAGAACAAAACUAAAACAACAGAGGAUGAGUACGGGUCAACUGAAUCUCUACUGAACAACAACAGCAUUUGUGUGUCCAACCAUGAGGCAAAUAUGCAACAGAGGCAGACUGACCAGGCUGAGGAAGCCUUCCUGUCUGCAGUCAUAAAUUACACCAACAGCUCCACAGUUCAUUUCAAGCUCUCACCUGCAUACGUCCUCUAUGCUGUGGGACGCUUUUCUCUGCAAAGGCAUCACCGGCGAAGCUCUCCUCCAUCACAAAGUGUAGCCUCCAUCACGAACAAAAUGGUGGUGAUGACAGGGAAGGUUAUCCAGAGGCAGCAGACCAUGGCUGGCGCUCUCGCCUUCUGGGUGGCCAACACCUCUGAGCUGCUGAACUUCCUCCAUCAUGACAAAGACCUCAGCUCACUCACACAGCAGAGUCAGCUGGAUCUGUCCCACCUGGUGCACAAAGCUUACAGGUUUCUGCUGCAGUGUCUGCAGAAUGAGUUAAGGAAGCAUUUACCAACUUUCUUAAAUGAUCCUGAGCAACACGGCAGACUGCCUGCUGGUAUAGAGUUGGUGCUCAACACCUUGAUGAACACCAUGUCUCUUUUACGCCGCUGCCGGGUCAACCCUGCCCUCACCAUCCAGCUCUUCUCCCAACUCUUCCACUUCAUCAGUGCCUGGCUGUUCAAUCAGCUGAUGAGCCAAGAGGCCAAAACCCCAGGCCUGCGCUCGCACUACUGGGGAGCUGCUCUCCGCCAGAGGCUGACAGCCAUCGAAGCCUGGGCAGAGAGGCAGGGCCUGGAGCUGGCUGCUGACUGCCACCUUGGACACAUUAUCCAGGCAACCAUGCUCCUGACCAUGAGUAAGUACUCGAUGCAAGAUGCGAAGGACGUCCAGAGUGUCUGUUUUAAGCUGAAUUCACUGCAGCUGAAGACUUUGCUAGCUGGCUACCUCUAUGCAACCACUGAGCCUCACAUCCCCCCAGAUUUGAUCGAUGCUGUAGUGACGGCUGCGGAGGCCUCAGCAGAUACCCUGAUUCGGAGCGAAGGACGGGACAUCCAGCUGGAGGAGAGCCUCGACCUCCACCUGCCCUUCCUGCUGCCAGAGGGAGGAUACUCCUGUGACACUGUCAGAGGAAUCCCUCCAGGGUUUAGGGAAUUUUUGGAGCCAAUUUGCCGGAAAGGUCUCUGCUCUUUAUCAUCCCAGCCAAACUCUAGAGGUGACUGGACUGUGUACUUCAGGGAACUAACCUCCUCUAAAGACAGAACAUACUUGACGGCACACAGAGAGCCAGAGAUUGUGACCAUCACUCUUAACAAACCUCUGAACAGUGGGAUGGGGGUCAGCAUUGUGGCUGCCAAGGGAGCAGGGCAAGGUAACCUUGGCAUUUACAUCAAAUCAAUUGUGAAAGGAGGACCGGCUGAAAUGAAUGGCAGGUUAACAGCUGGGGAUCAGCUGCUCAGUGUGGACGGUCAGAGUUUGGUCGGCAUCAGCCAGGAAAGGGCAGCAGCUAUCAUGAUGCAGACUGGUCCUGUUGUGACCUUACAAGUUGCAAAGUUUGGAGCAAGCUACCACGGCCUGGGGGCUCUACUGAGUGAUCCAACCUCAGAGCAAACUGCAGGUAACAGUGUUGUGGAUCCUGGACCCUCACAAGCACUGCAUGGAAGCAGCAGACGGAAGAAGGAGCAGAUGAUGCAGAGAAACAGGCAACUUUUUCGCUCCAACCCCAAUAUGACCAGCGAUUAUGCCCCUGGAGAUGGAGAUGAAAAUAUUGACCCUGUUGUGAGAGUACACAACAUUGCUGCUGUAUCCAGUAUCAACCUCUGUACCAGUGAUACAAAUCACAGGGAAUAUUUGACCCUCCCGACCCCUAAAUCCCAGGACAAGAAUAUAUCUGAAUCUGGGCGACCACAGCAACCUCUCAGGGUGUCUUUGAUGCCUUUAGACGGACAGAGAGCAAGCAAGAGGACCUUCAUGCGUCAAGCUCAGUCUCAGGAGAACUUAUGCGUGGACAGUGGAGGCCCCCUGCUGGACGAGAAGCAGAACUUGUGGGAGCAGAGGGAGCAGCAUGCAAAGCAAACCAUGAGCCACUAUUCAUCUUUCCCACUCCGCUCCAGUGUUUCUACUCAUGACCUCCUCUCAGAUAGUAUUUCUCCUAUCAGACAACAGCAAGGAAACCGUACAAGUAGCGCUGGAGUUUGGAGAACUCCUUUCUCACAACAUCCAACCCCUACACCUUCAAUCCAGCCGAUACGCAUCGAUAUCCCUGUGACUAGAGUAGUGAACACACACACAAAUCCUCCACUCACAACCUUCCAGAGCUCGUCUUUGCUGGCACUGAAAAUGAGCCAUACUCUUAAAGUUAAUGGAAAGAGUCCUCAAAACACAGCCAACCAUAUUUAUGCGUGUCCCAUCCCUGCAAUCAAGAAGCUACCUCACCCCUCAUCUCUGUCACAGCAGCAAAUAUCCGCCACAUACAAAGUUCCAGCAGCAAAACCCCAAGUGAGCAUCCCUCCAACAAAACACGUCUCCUUCCAAGAACCUCCCACUCAGCAGAGACCGGGCCCCGCCAAGCCAAAAGACCCCCUGGAGCUGUCCGACCCAUGGAGGAGGGAAGCCCAGGAGAAGCUAGAGAAGCAGCAGAGGCUGCAGGCGGUGGAGCUCCUCGAGAAGGAGGUGCAGGAGCUCCAGGGGAAAGUGAAACUGUCUGCAGAGGAGAACAACCGGCUCCGAAAGCUCAGCCUGGAGUGUCAGUUUCAGAGGAGGCUGCAGGAGAUUCAGCAGAGAGCAGAGGAGGAGGAGGAGGAUGAGGAUUUGGACAUGAUGGUGACGAUACAGCAGCUGGAGGAGAGGACGCAGAACAGGAGAAGCUCUGCUGGAAACAUCAUCACUGAACUCAAAGAGCAGGAGAAGCAGGGAGACACUCAUCUGUCUCAGAGGAAAGAAAAUGCAAAGACAGAUCAAAGACCGAGUGGACAAAUUCAAGACUUCAACAAAGAGGCAACAAAAGAGAACCAGGAGGAGAAAACCAGGAGGGCGUCAGCUCCUGAAAAGCUCACCUUCAAGGAGCGUCAGCGUCUCUUUUCCCUGGCCUCGAGUGCAUAA